AUGAAUUCACAAGGUCAGUUUUCUGAUUCAGAAAGCAACCAAAACCUUCUUAUUUCUACUGCUUUCAAUCCACAAGACACUCCUGUUUCAUUUCAUGAAAGGCAAGAAAGUUCAAUUGCUCUGAGCGAGAUGCAGCCUCCUGACUCUCAGCCUCAACCAACAGUUACCAACACAUAUGUACAACCCGAUUCUUCCGCAAAUCUUAGAACUCAACCCGUUCAUCCUACUGAUUUUUUCUUUCGACCACCAAAUGAUUAUUAUCAUUAUCAUGUUAUUUGUAAGGAAAUCUCAAACGAUAUCGUUGCAUACUUAUUAAAUAAAUCAUUUUAUUGGGCAUCCCUAUAG